CGUGGCACGGGGAGGCCGGCCCGGGGGAGGGGGUGGUGGUCCGUUAGUGGCGUUGGGCUCCGGCCGCUGCGGUGGCAGCGCUUUCCCCUCCGCUCACGGAGAGCUGCUCAGGCUGGAGGCCAACCAGCUCUUGCCGCCGCCUCGGUCGCGAUGGGGGCGCAGGACCGGCCGCAGUGCCACUUCGACAUCGAGAUCAACCGGGAGCCGGUUGGUCGCAUUAUGUUUCAGCUCUUCUCAGACAUAUGUCCAAAAACAUGCAAAAACUUCCUCUGCCUAUGCUCAGGAGAGAAAGGCCUUGGAAAAACAACUGGGAAGAAGUUAUGUUACAAAGGUUCUACAUUCCAUCGUGUGGUUAAAAACUUCAUGAUUCAGGGUGGGGACUUCAGCGAAGGUAAUGGAAAAGGCGGAGAAUCAAUUUAUGGUGGAUAUUUUAAAGAUGAAAACUUUAUUCUCAAACAUGACAGAGCGUUCCUUUUGUCAAUGGCAAAUCGAGGGAAACAUACCAAUGGUUCCCAGUUUUUCAUUACCACAAAACCUGCUCCACACCUGGAUGGGGUUCAUGUCGUCUUUGGAUUAGUUAUUUCUGGUUUUGAAGUAAUUGAACAGAUUGAAAAUCUGAAAACAGAUGCUGCAAGCAGACCUUAUGCAGAUGUGCGAGUUAUUGAUUGUGGGGUGCUUGCCGCAAAAUCAACAAAAGAUGUUUUUGAGAAAAAAAGGAAGAAACCAACUCAUUCAGAAGACUCGGAUUCCUCUUCCAAUUCCUCUUCCUCUUCAGAAUCUUCUUCAGAAAGUGAAAUUGAACAUGAGAGAAGCAGAAGAAGGAAACAUAAGAGGCGGCCAAAAGUUAAACAUUCUAAAAAGAGACGAAAGGAAGCAAGCAGUUCAGAAGAACCAAGGACUAAACACAUUAUGAGCCCAAAAGGUCACUCUGAGAGGAGUCAUACCAAUGAAAAAAGGUCAGUUGAUUCAAAUGCUAAAAGGGAGAAGCCUGUGGUCCGCCCAGAGGAGAUUCCUCCAGUUCCUGAGAACAGAUUUUUACUGAGAAGAGACAUGCCUCUUGUCACGGUGGAACCUGAACCGAAGAUUCCUGAUGUUACACCCAUUAUUAGUGAUCAGAAACCAUCUGUAUCAAAAUCUGGACGGAAGAUUAAAGGAAGGGGCACAAUUCGCUAUCACACUCCUCCAAGGUCAAGAUCAUGUUCUGAAUCAGACGAUGAUGACAGCAGUGAAACUCCUCCUCACUGGAAAGAAGAAAUGCAGAGAUUAAGAGCAUACAGACCACCUAGUGGAGAAAAAUGGAGUAAAGGAGAUAAAUUAAGUGACCCCUGUUCAAGCCGAUGGGAUGAGAGAAGCUUGUCCCAGAGAUCCAGAUCAUGGUCCUAUAAUGGAUAUUAUUCAGACCUUAGUACAGCAAGACACUCUGACAGUCACCAUAAAAAACGCAGGAAAGAGAAAAAGGUUAAACAUAAAAAGAAAGCUAAAAAGCAGAAACAUUGCAGAAGACACAAGCAGACUAAGAAGAGAAGGAUUAUUGUACCGUCAGACAUAGAAUCCUCAAAGUCUUCCACCCGACGAAUGAAAUCCUCUUGUGAUAGAGAAAGGAGAUCUCGUUCUUCCUCGUUAUCAUCUCAUCACUCAUCAAAAAGGGACUGGUCUAAAUCUGAUAAAGAUGACCAGAGCUCUUCAACCCAUUCCAGCAGAGACUCCUACAGAUCUAAAUCUCACUCACAGUCUUAUUCUAGAGGAAGCUCAAGAUCAAGGACUCCAUCAAAAUCCUCAUCGCAUUCUCGAAGUAGAUCAAAGUCCAGAUCUACUUCCAAGUCAGGGCACCAAAGGACAGCAUCAAAAUCACCAAGACGAACAACCUCUCAGAUAAGUGAAAAUAAACCAGUUAAAACGGAACCUUUACGAGCAACAGUGCCACAAAAUGAAAACGUUGUAGUACAACCAGUGGUGGCGGAAAAUAUUCCUGUAAUACCAUUGAGUGAUAGUCCCCCUCCUUCAAGGUGGAAGCCUGGACAGAAGCCCUGGAAGCCCUCUUAUGAGCGAAUUCAGGAAAUGAAAGCUAAAACAACCCAUUUGCUGCCCCUCCAGAGCACUUACAGUUUAGCAAAUAUCAAAGAGACUGGAAGUUCAUCAUCCUACCAUAAAAGAGAAAAAAAUUCAGAAAGUGAUCGGAGUGCUUAUUCAAAAUACAGUGAUAGAAGUUCGGAAAGCUCACCAAGGUCAAGGAGCAGAUCUUCUAGGAGUAGAUCUUAUUCCAGAUCAUACACAAGGUCACGAAGUCUAGCUAGUUCACGUUCAAGAUCUAGGUCUGCCUCAUCUAGAUCUCAUUCACGAAAUAAAUACAGUGAUCGUUCACAGUGUAGUAGAUCUUCGUCAUACUCUUCUGUUAGCAGUGAUGAUGGAAGACGAGCCAAGAGAAAAUUCAGAUCCAGUGGGAAAAAAAAGAACACUUCAAAUAAGAGGCACAGCAGCAGCUCUGAGAAGAGACUUCGCAAUAAAUAUGUGAAAAGCAGGGACAAGUGUUUGAGUCAGAGAAAGUACAGCGAAAGCCGGUCGUCUUUAGAUUAUUCUUCAGACAGUGAACGGUCAAGUGUUCAGGUUACACAGUCAGCCCAGGAAAAAGAGAGGCGGGUCCAAAUGGAAAUGCAUAGUAAGCAAGAGAAAAACAGAGAUAAAGAGAAAUCCAAGCCUGAACAGGAAUGCCCUCGUUCAAAGAAAAGGGCCUCGAAGGACAAUCUUUCUGAUCACCUGAGAAAUGGCAGUAAGCCCAAAAGGAAGAAUUAUGCUGGGAGUAAAUGGGACUCUGAGUCAAACUCUGAACGAGAUGUAACUAAAAACAGUCAGAGUAUUUCCCGGCCAUCUUCUGAUAAGGAGGAAGGUGAAGCGACAUCAGAUUCUGAGUCAGAGUUUGGUGAAAUUCACAGCAAAGCCAAACCCCUGACGAAAUCUUCAGCAGGUACUUCGCUGCCUGAUGGUAAUGGUGCUUGGAAGUCAAGUAAGCAGCAGUCUUCAACCUCUGAUUCUGAUGGGUCCUAUUCCAAUUCAGAAAACACUAGAAGAAAGGCACGGAAGCAUAAACACGGGUCAAAAGAAAAUCUUAAAAGGGAACAGACUAAAAAAGCAAAGGAGAAAUUAAAAGGGAAAAAAGACAAAAAGCACAAGGCUCCAAAACGAAAACAGGCGUUUCACUGGCAGCCUCCACUCGAAUUUGGUGAGGAGGAGGAGGAGGAGAUGAGUGAAAAACAAGUUACUCAGGAGCCAAAAGAGAAAAAACAAGUUUCUGAAAAUAGUGAAACCAUGAAAGAAAAUACUCCACACCCUGAGAAGUCCUGCGAAGACGGCAGCCUCUCAGGUAAAUGUAAUCCAGUCUUGACUUCGUCAGAUACCGAUCAGCCUCCUAAAGAGGAUGGUAAACCCGGCGCUUCUCCUACGGCUUUCAGUCCUGAGGAGCUUGCUGCUUCUCCCUCCAGCAUUCAGCAUGUUGCAGAAGAUGUCCCGGGCGGACUGGAGGAUAUCCUGCAGACAGAUGACAACAUGGACAUCUGCACUCCUGACAGGAGCUCUCCGGCCAAGGAGGCAUCCCCUCUGGGACAUUCAAGGCUGGCUGCCCCAGACGUAAACAUUGUUCUAAAACAGGAUGUGCACACGGAGCCUCCUGAGACAGAGGAGGUAAAACAGGAAAGCAGCACGUCGGAAAGCAAAACGAUGGGGGACGUGGGGAAACAGGACAGCAGCCUUGCUAGCCUGGCCUGUGCUGUCGAAAGCACUGUGAAGAGAGAGGGGGCUGAGAAGAGCCAGCUCAGUGUCCUGGAUAACAAGUGGAAGCCCCUGCAAGGGGUGGGGAACCUGCCGGCACCGGUGACCCCCACAUCCAGCGCCGUGGAGGUGAAGGCGCUGACUGCGGCCCCCGAGAUGAAGCCGCAAGGUUUGAGGAUAGAAAUUAAAAGCAAAAAUAAAGUUCGGCCUGGGUCUCUCUUUGAUGAGGUAAGAAAGACGGCACGCUUAAACCGGAGGCCAAGGAAUCAGGAGAGUUCAAGUGAGGAGCAGACACCUAGUCGGGAUGGGGAUAGCCAGUCCAGGAGUCCGAGCAGAUCUCGAAGUAAAUCGGAAACCAAAUCAAGACACAGAACAAGGUCUGUCUCUUACAGUCACUCAAGAAGUCGAUCGCGAAGUUCCACGUCAUCCUAUCGAUCAAGAAGCUAUUCCAGAAGUCGCAGCAGAGGAUGGUACAGCAGAGGCCGCACAAGAAGCCGGAGCAGUUCCUACCGCAGUUACAAAAGUCACAGGACAUCCAGCAGGAGCAGAUCCAGGAGCAGCUCGUAUGACCCCCACAGUCGGUCCAGCAGGUCCUACACUUACGAUAGCUACUAUAGCAGGAGUCGGAGUCGGAGCCGGAGCCAGAGGAGUGACAGUUACCACCGAGGCAGAAGUUACAACAGGCGAUCCAGGAGUUGUAGAUCUUAUGGCUCUGACAGUGAAAGUGACCGAAGUUACUCUCAUCACCGGAGCCCCAGUGAAAGCAGCACAUAUAGUUGAAAAUGUCCCCUUUUUUGAUACAAAUUACAUCUUGUUUGUAAAUAUCUGGUAACUUAAAAGUUUAAGAAACUUAAUGGCAUUCUGUUGUUCUAUUUCAGUAUUAGAGAUAAGUUUCAAAAAUAGGCACUUCUUAAUUGUUAUUGUCCAUUUACAUGUGCACAGAAUUUAAAAUACAGAUAUGUCUCCUAAAAAUAUUUUUAUGCCACAUUUUACAGUAGCCAACUAUGGAAAUGAAUUUCAUUUUCUUGAAUCAAGAAGUCAUGAAAUUUAAGUAUAAUUUGCAAUAUUAUUUUAGAUUAUUUCUUUCCAUCUCACGUAUUCCUUAGAAUACAGAUUCUUUUUGCCCGUUUUUCAGGUUUUAGCCUAUAUGCUGCCAAGCACAGAACUGUGAAGAACUGGUAAAGGUGGCCAAAUAUUUAUAUACCACUUACACCGUCUUAUACAUAUGUGCUCUUAAAAACAAACCACCCAGAAUUGUUACUGAUGGUAGCCAGGAGUCUGAGGCAGUGGCUCUGGAGUUCUUAAUUCCUUCCUUCCUUCCUUGGUUGUUAUCAGAGGAUCAGGAGCGUGGUCAUCAUACAGCCCACCGUCUAUCUGUACUACUCCUGCCUGGUGGGUGAGGUUAGGAAGAAUAAAUCAGCCUUAACUACAAAUACCUGGACUGUGUCUAAGGCCCUAACGUUUUAUGUGCUUUGUAAUACAUACUCUCAGAAGUUUAGAUUGUAAAGAACAAUUCUGUUCCAGUUCCUGUUUUGGUGCUCGGUACCUUUUGGUGCCUCUUCAAGUAUACGUCACGUUAGAAUCUCAGAGGAGAGAGAAGUGAUUUUUUUUUUUUUUUUUUUUUAAUUCGCUGGUAACCAGGCAUGGUUCCUUCUUCUGAGCUGUAUUCACUUUAAAUAUCUGGAGGGUCUCUCUUAAGCUCCGUUGUGGCCUAGGGUCCCCUGGAGCAGGCAGGAUUGGCACAUGGUGUCGUGUGGCCCCUUGGGGCUGUUGCACACAACUGGCACGCGUGCCUCUGGAAGAGCGGAUUGACGAGUAGACUUCUGAGUACCACCAGAACCUCAUUGCCACCAUCCUGGAGACAUUUUGGGGGGCUUUUAAGUCUUUCAAGUAAGAGGGAUCUGCCCCAACAGCAGCUGAACUGUUCUAAGCACCAGCAUGUUUUUCCUCUUUCUACUGUGACCCACUCUGACUUAGUGAUGCUCACAAGACAUGAGUAAGUCUGGGACAACAGGGGAAGAGGGGUACAGGACUGCACAGACGACAACCUUUUCAGCUUUGGGUGGUUCCUCCAAAAGUGAUUUGACCUGUAAAAACUGGUGUGUGUGUGUGUGUGUGUGUGUGUGUGUGUGUGUGUUUAAUCUUUUGAGUUUUUCCCCCAAGUGUACUUAAUCACCUUAGUGCCAGUUUAAGCCAGUUAUGCAGAAGAAAUUCAUAUUGGAUGUUUGAUGUGGAAUUCUGCACACCCUACCCAGGCCUUGCUUGGGGUACUUGAGAAGUGGGAAAGAACCCUCAGUUGGAGGGAUCUGACAGCCCUUGAUGGGUGGAGGGGUGACCUUGGAUAUUUUAAAACCAUCACCCAUAAAAGGUUCGUAAACAGGGUUAAAUGGUCAGCUGUUCGCCAGGUUGAUAGACAAGAGUACAUUAGGAAAAAAGGACCCAAGUCAACUAGACCUACUUCCUAGUGAAUGCAGAACAAUAUGUGAUUCAUGUGAAGGGUUUUCCAAAAGUUGCCUGUAAUACUCCAUGGGAAAAAAAACUACAUUCAGAACUCAAACAGAAAUUGCCAGAUCUAACUAGGUUAAGAAAAGCUACCCUUGGACAAUACUGGUUUUCUCUUGCCAUGUAACAAAUUACCCCAUGCUUAGCAGCUUAGAACAACACCCAUUUCUUAGCUCACAGUUCUGUAGCUUGUGAGUCUGGCACAGUAUGGCUGGAUUCUCUGCUCAGGGUCUCUCUCAUGAGGCUGAGAUCAAGCGUCAGCAGGGCAGCAUUCCUUUAUGGAGACUCUCGGGAAGAAUCUCCUCCCAAGUUUAUUCGGUUCCUUGUUGGUUGUCAGCCAGAGACUUCUCCCUCAUCUCCUGAAGGCUGCUCGCGCUCUUCUUGACCGUUCCCCCUCCAUCUUCAAACCCUCAGUGGCCCAUUAUACUUCCCAUUUCUCUGGCUUCCUCAUCAUUUUUAAGGUUCAUGUGAUUAGAUCAAGCCCACUCAUCAAGUCUCCCUAUUUUCAUGUCAGCUCUGCCAUAGAACACAGCAUAAUCACAGGAGUGGCUGCAUAGGUGCAGGGUCCUGGCAUGGGGGUAGAAGCAGGGGUGCAGGUGGGGGCAGGCUGUUCUAGAACCCCACCUAACCCAGACAAUAACUGCCCACUGUGGGGAAGUUUCAUCCCAAAAAGGUGGGCCCUAGAAGCCUCAAUUGUUUCCUUCAUGGAAAAGAACAGCCCUCAGCCGCCGCAUUCAAUUGUGUGUUUACUGAAUGAACUACAAAAAUAGCUUUUCUGCCUAGAGGGGAUUGUUCUGUAUUUUAAGUUAUUUUUUAAUAAAAUUUAAUUAUGUUGUGUAUUGUGCUUCUUAAUAGAAAAUGUAUUAUUGGACUGUUUUUGUAACAUCUUGUUUACUGCAAAUGAAACAUGAUAUAGCUGGUAUUGUUCAAAACCUGUAGGAAAUACUUUUGUACAUAUCGGCAAUGUCUAAUUUGUAUACACUUCAUUUAAAUGUUCCUAAAACUUGAAAGGGGGACCUUGUAGAAAUUAAAAUAUAUACUUAGUCUAAA